CGUGCGGACGUCCCAGUACGCUUGUCAGGACCACAUAGUCACCUCUCCCAUCGAAACUACUGCCUUCAACGAGAACAAGAUGACACGCACGGGCGAACGUACGUUCAUCAUCGGAGUUGGUUGCACAGCGUUCAUCAAGCCGCGGGGCCUGAGGACUACCGAGGAGAUGGGCCUUGAGGCUGGGACGAAGGCACUUCUCGAUGCUGGUAUCACCUAUGAUGAAGUUGAGGCGGCCUUCGUAGGCUACUGCUACGGAGACUCCACAGCCGGGCAGAGAGCGCUGUACCAGCUGGGAAUGACCGGCAUUCCCAUCUCGAACGUGAAUAACAACUGUUCGACCGGGAGCACCGCUCUGUACAACGCGAGCAACCUCAUCCGAGGCGGGCUCGCCAACUGCGUGCUCGCGCUUGGCUUCGAACGCAUGGCGCGCGGAAGCCUCGGCACGAACUUCCCCGACCGAGAGUCACCCGUGAAAGUGUUCAACGACGCAUCCUUCGAGCUCGAGGAGAGCCUGAGUGUUGGGCAGAAUCACGGUCCCGGUGCGCCGCGCAUGUUCGCGAACGGCGCGCAGGAGUACUUUGACAAGUAUGGCGCCAACAUCAAACACCUUGCACAAAUCGCGAGCAAGAACCAUAAGCACUCCGUGAACAACCCGUACUCGCAGUUCCGCGACGGCUGGAGCGUCGAACAAGUCCUCGCAGCCCCAAUGAUCAAUAAGCAGUUAACGAAGUACAUGUGCAGCCCUACUUCCGACGGAGCUGCGUGCAACAUUGUCGCCUCCGAGGAGUUUGUCCGCAAGCAUGGCUUGGAGAACCAGGCGAUCGAGAUCGUAGCCCAAGCACUGACGACCGACGAACCUAUCGCGUUCGAGAGCAGGAGUGCGAUGGAGGUCGUGGGCUACGGCAUGUCGAAGAAUGCUGCGGACCAAGUGUUUGCCCAGGCGGGCUUGCACGGUCGAGCAGGGCGAGACCAGGUCGGCGUUGUCGAGCUGCAUGAUUGCUUUGCUGCGAACGAGCUGCUCACUUACGACGCGCUUGGGCUUUGCGAGCCCGGCGAGGCACACAAGAUGGUCGAGCGGGGAGACAACACGUACGGUGGAAAAUAUGUGAUCAACCCGAGCGGAGGCCUGGAGGCGAAGGGCCACCCUCUGGGCGCUACGGGACUAGGCAUGCAUUUUUACAUCACAAUGCAACUGCGGCAGUGGGCUGGUGCUAUGCAGGCCCCGGGGCUUCUCGACGGGCCAGACGGGCGUGGCAAAUAUGGCCUUGUGCACAACAUCGGCCUUGGAGGGGCGGUCGUGUGUAGUUUGCUGCGCCGUCCGGAGUUUUUCAAGGAGGGCGGUGAGGACGGGAGAAAGAGGCUUGGCUAUAACCAUGCCCAGGAAUGUCGGCCCAUCUCGCGCGCGGACGUGGACAAGGUUAAGGCGCGCAAGAGCUCGCAGUACAUCUUGCAACGCGCCAAGCUGUAAGGCGUGGGGUGUAUCUGUCACUGCGACUGUGUUUGCGGUCUCCCGCGAUGUAUUUGUAUACGUAAGGAUGGUGCUGUACUGAUAACAUCAGCGUCGAAUUGAAGACAUGUUGUGCUCCCCG